CCUCUGUAAACCUUCUUGAACAUCGCCCAGCCCACUACAUACAUACCCACGAUGCUGCCAAUCCAACUCCUAGGUAUUUACAGGCAGUACAAGCAGGAUACCGACUCGGUCGCCUUAUGGCUUGCCUCUACUGCCAAGGCCUGUGGCUACCCAAACCUCUGUCAGGUACCGGUAAUACCAAAGAGUGGACGACUGAAGGGCAAGCAAAGAACCAAGGCUCGUGGUGACGGCAAGGCCAAGGAGGGGCCCAGGCCGGCGGACAAGAAGACGACAAGGCAUAUUAUUGCCAUCAAGGACUUCCUGCCACUAGCCGAGUUCAUCGCUAGUCGCCAAGAUCCGGCCGUGUCGGUGCCGGCUGUUUUUUCCACCACGAUUGACCGCCUUAUUCAACUCCGGUCUGGAUUCGGCGCCAGGUUGAGCGAUAACGGACUCGACCCGGAUCCCGAGUCCGCUGAACGGCAUGGAUACUUUGUUAGUAUUCUGAUGGCGGUCAGAGAGGCGCUGCGGCCGGGAACAGCGUUUGCAACGGCAUCUACUACGGAGACAGAGGCCGCCGCACCCAAAGAUUCAUCCAAGGAUCUCAGUAACCGGUUUGCCGCCCUGUCUGUCGACGAGCCGUCCCAGGCCUCUCUCGAAGCGUUUCGCAAUGCGCCUCAUGAGAGACCGGCACCGCGCGAUGAAGACCCGGCGUCUUACGAAGCAGAACCCCAGACUUCCAUCGAGGAUGUUUUGUUUGCCUUCACCGUUCUGGUCAACGACCUGGACAGGAUUCGGGCUCGGAUCGAGUGGAUCUGGUCCAAUCACCGCGACGGCAAGUUCGAUCUCGCUGCUGCUGCUGUUGCUACGAACACGGCCAUCUCCGUCGCUCGCGGGAUGAUUGAAGAAGUUGCUCCUCUUUUGGACGCGCAAGACAGAGGCGUCUCGGGCGUUCUCAACAAGUUCUAUCUCAUGAUCUGCCUCCGGAAGGGCUAUGCAGUAGAACAGGUCUACCUCGCCGACAGCAAGGACAAUUUCAACUACGACAUGUACGACACAGCCGACCAAUGCUACAUGGUCGCUUUUCGACUCCUACAAAGCUUUGCCGACGUCCUCCAUCCUCGCCAUCUUCCCUUGAUCAAGGAAGGCAUGUUUGGCGAAUACAACCCUGACACCGACCGCGCCUCGAAGACGGGUCGGGAAAAGUUCCAGGAAGACACGAUCCUCCUCAUGGAAUUCUUCACGGAACUCAUCACCGUCAUUCGAUUGAUCCCCAGCUACCCAGUCGAUGACGAGUUUCUGCGCGAAAUGAGAAAAUUCGAAAAGGCCCCCGUCGUUUCUUUUUCGCUCGUCUUUGCUGCCCAAGUCUUUCUGGACAUUCAUCACACGAUGCGUGCUGCGACGCGGGCCAGCUUUAAGGCAAUGGUGAAAGAGGCUACUGUGAUGGACAACUCGUUGGAACGCCAUCUGGAGUUUCACGAACGUCUAAAGAUCACCAAUUGGCCUGCUUCUAACGACCGCGCGCUGCGAGAGCUCAGUCGUCUGAUGCAAUGGAUGGGCAAAGACCCGGUACACGGCGCCAAGGCGAAGGCGUAUACACGCACGGGCAGGCCUGUGCCCUCCGAGAUGGAGGUCCAUCGUAUCUUGAUCUACUCCCCUGUUCUGAGCGGUCUUUAUCUCUUCCGUCUCCGCACCGAGAUGUACGACGUUGGUCUCGCCGUCGCCAACGCUUGGGGCUCCAUCACGUACACCGCCCACCUGUACAAUGCCUUGCAGAGGAGCCGCCUGUUGGACGGCCCGUGGCCCGAUAUGGAGGUCACGCUUUCUAUUAUCGGCGACUCCAGCAUCUGGGUGGGGGAUGAGGGCCCAGAGACGAUUGGGGACUGUUUCCGGAAAUUCUGUCUCCAGAUGGGUGUUUCGGCUGCCUCCUUCACAAAUAACCGCCGACGAAAUGCUGCCGUUGCCUCGCGCGCCGGUCCGCGAGGUAUCAAGGACGGUGCCCCCGUGUCGUCCAUGUUCAAGACCCAGGUCUGCUCCAAGGCUGAUGUCGAGUGGACGCCCGAGCUGCUUGAUGACAUUGUCGCGCGCAGCGCCUAUCAGCAGGAGGGCUCGGUCGACAACGGAGAUCUGAUCAUGACGCAAAUCGACGAUCCACAAGAGCUUAGGGCGAGGAAUCGGCUUCGGCAGCAAAAGGCCAACGCCGAGGCCGCCGGGAAAGACCGGGCCGCCAGUAGCCUCGCCCCUGAGGAACUCGUCACUACACUUGUCAUGACACUGAACUGCGAGUCUCUCGAGAUGGCGUUCCCCUACCUGGUAAUCCAUCGCUGGUGCUGGAGCUUCCUUCGAUCGGUCAAGGAUGCCUGCGACCCUGUUUUGAGAGAGUUGUACACAGCAGCUUACAUGGAGAAGGAGAGUGAGCUGCCUUGGGUGGUUGGUUAUAUUCUCAUGGCUGCGGCUGGUGUUGACGGUGAACCUGACGCGAGACUACUAAAUCUCGCGGCAGUGACCUGCAACUGUAUGAUUAGUUCUAAGGCUGGCAGUCUAGCGAUCUCAGUUGCGCGCAUGAUCGGCAAGGACAUUCAAUUUGAGGAGGAAGAGCCGUAGGUAGUUACACCUUGGGUGGGAGACGUAGCAACUAAUGUUGUUACUUACCAAUCGCCUGAUAAACCGGGGAGUUCUCGCACUCCGUCGACUCUGCUGUAUACGACCUUGUCAAAGACCCUGCUGCCUAACAGUUAGUACGUCUAUAAGGAUAGGUAGAGAUUCAAAUGUAUUAGGUACUAGU